UGUCUGUCUGUCUGUUUCCUGUGCUGUACUUUUUUCCGGCUCAACAAUGUCCCCUGCAUCAGAGAAAUAUUCCAGCUGGACGCCUCACCGCUCGGAAUGGCAGUCGAGGCGGGGCAAGACGCGCACGGUGCCGAUGAAGGUGCUUGUGCUCGGGUAUCCGAGGACUGGGACAUCCUCCAUGCGUAAAGCGCUGCAGAUUCUCGGCUACGACGAGGUGUAUCAUAUGGAGUCGGUGCUUGCCAACCCACACGACGCGGAUCUCUGGAGAGAAGCGCACCACACGAAAUACGUCAAGGGGGAGCUUGUACCGAGGGAGAAAUGGGACGAGAUCCUGGGCCACUGCGAGGCAGCCACCGACGCCCCGCCGAUGAUGUACGCAGAGGACCUGAUCGCCGCCUACCCGGAAGCAAAAGUCAUUCUCACGCUGCGCGACCCCGCCAAGUGGUGGAAGUCCUUCUCCUCCACCAUCGGCAACAUGCCCAACAACCUCACAUUCGUCCUGGCGCUCAUGCUCGACGUCUCCGGUCUUGCGCACUUCGGCGCUAUGGCAAGGGAGAUGGGCUCACAGCUCAACGGGCCGAACCCGACAGCAGAAGAAGCGCAGGCCCGCUUCGUCGCGCACUACGACAAGGUCCGCGCACUGGUGCCCAAGGACCGGCUGCUCGAAUUCGACGCAAAGCAGGGGUGGCAGUCGCUCUGCCCGUUCCUCGGUGUGCCGAUCCCUGAAGAGGGUGAUUAUCCGUACGUGAAUGACAGCGCGGCGUUCAAUGAAAAGAUGACUGCGACGGGUAAAGCCGCGCUCCGCCGCGUUGCUGGGGAUCUGGUUGUCCCAGUGCUCGGAUUGGUGGCGGUCGGGCUCGCAGUGUAUGCCCGGACGUCGAAGAUUGCAUUCGCUUGAAUCUCUCGGUGCUGUGUAUCGCCGUCGCUGCUCAGGCUAGCGGAUUGACAGUUGAACAUUAUUUCAUAGUUCCAUUGAAUACAAGAACACAUUUUCUGCAUCCAAGUCGAA